AUGGUUACACGAAUUGGGUUUGGACGUUCUCAGCAGUCCCCAGGUGUCGUGUCGUGUCGUGCGCAAGAGUCGAAGUGUGUUACACCUUUGAAGUUGAGUAAUACAAGGGCAGACUUCAAACCCCAAAUACUCGUCUCAGGAUUGAAAAGUACACAGAGAUGCAACGAUCUUAACAGACAUGGUAAUACAGAGUCGCGUUACUGCAACAAUUACCCACAGCCUCCUGGGGCUGCUUCCAACUCUCAAGGGAUUCAGACGCUUGUGGAGGCCGAAAAGGAGGCCGCAAAGAUAGUUCAGAAGGCAAGACAGUAUCGAGUUGAUCGACUAAAGGCUGCCAGAACAGAAGCGGCGAAAGAGAUUGAGGCUUUAAAAGCCCAAAAAAAUGAAGAAUUUCAGCAAUUUGAAACAGAGCAUGCUGGCUCUUCAGAUCAAUCUUUUGCCAAAAUUACAGCGGAAACUGAGACUAAACUAGCACAGAUUCAAGAGGCUUUCAAUGAACACAAGGCAGCCGUUAUUGAAAGACUUUUGUCUGCUGUAACGACGGUAGAGCCUACGUUACAUGCUAAUGUAAGAGUUGGAGAUCAGGCUUAA